UUGCUCUUCUCUUGGCUAUGAAUUCCCUUCUCCGCCGCCACUUAUAGACCCGGAGUCUGCCGGAGAUCCCAGCGCGAAAGCCCCGCCGCCGAACUCCCCACCACCCCUCCAGUAGUAGGCGAGGCAGCUGAGAGAAGGAGGAGAAGAAGAAGGAACGAUCUUUCCGCUUUAUUGAAUGUCUUAUUUUCUAGUAAUAGGCGAAGGAGGAGAAGAAGAAGGAACGAUCUUUCCGCUUUAUUGAAUUGGAGCUUUGAACCCCUAAGUUUCCAAUUGAUUUUCUUGUGGUCUUCUGGCGGGCCUUCGAAGAGGAAGAAGGCAGCAAAGAACUCAGAGAGAAAGAUAGAGAUGGGGUGGAAGGCAGCUGAGAAAAUAAUCCAACGCUGGAAGAUCCUCAGGGGAGAUAAUGUAAUGAUCAUAAGGGGGAAAGAUAAGGGUGAGAUGGGUGUCAUCAAACGCGUUAUCCGAUCCCAGAACCGAGUCAUCGUUGAGGGAAAGAAUCUGGUGAAGAAACACAUUAAGCAAGGACAAGGAUAUGAAGGUGGGAUCUUUUCAAUUGAAGCUCCUCUUCAUGUUUCAAAUGUUCAAGUUCUUGAUCCGGUUACUGGGAGACCUUGUAAGAUUGGAUACAAGUAUCUGGAAGAUGGAACAAAGGUAAGAAUCUCUAGAGGGCAACAAGCAUCUGGAGCCUUAAUUCCUCGUCCAGAGAUUUUAAAACAAAGGAGAAAACCAAGACCUAUGGAACCUGGUCUCAAGGAUACGCCAAUUGACCUCGUACUGGAGAAAACAUAUGAUGCUAAAGCUGGAAUCGGGGUGCCUGACCUUUGAACAAACAUCUACAAAGUUUUUGUUACAGGUUUGCAGAAUUUUGGUGUUAGAGCAUAUUUCAUCUACAAUCAUGUCAGCUAACUUGGAGUUUCUAAAUUCUUGUUCAUCUCUUGGUUAUCAUAUGGCUGGUGUAACUUACUUUUUAUAACUGCAAAUUGGUAUUCACUUGGCCAAUCCUUUAGUAUCUUUUACUGGAAUAUAUUAGCUUUUAUUUAUAAUUUGUGGGUUUACGCCCUUGCCAAACAAAUCAAUAGGUGUCAGCCAAUAAAGUGGAAGAAGACAAGUUUAUAUUUGUCCCUA